AUGCCCCCACCACCCAGAAAGCCCUUCAACGAGUCCAACUCAGAACGGAAGCUCAUCCAGUCAAAACUCAAUUUCCCACGAGCCGCUCCCCGAACCUCCCCCUCCGCCGCCUCCGCACCUUCACCAUCAUCUGCGUCUGCGUCUGCGUCUGCGUCCUCGUCGGGAACAUCGUCGCCCCAUUUUGCAGCCAGAGUCGCUACACCGCCGGGACAAAUCAGAGGCGGUGACCGAGGCUCUGACGGGUUAUACAGAGACCUACAAUGGGUCCGCCAGGAUGUGGCCCAGAGGGAAAGCGCCAGGAGCCAUAGAGGCGGUGGCGGUAACAGCUCCGGCGACGACGGAUGGUCCCCAGGCGCAAGGAAUACUCCGCGAAGAAGGGACGUCAAUCUAGCUGCUAUUGCAGCGGAAACUGUCACAAUGAUACCGGAAAUUCUAGCGCUCCGCCCCCCAGCCCCUCCCUCGCUCCUCUUCACCGCCGCCGCGCCCCCACCACCUCUCGACCCCGCCGCCUGCCCCGGCUUCGUCCUCCCCUACAGCGACCCCGAGGGCCCCGGCGCCCCGGGCACGCGCAUCCGCAUCGUCGACGGCGACACCUUCAACGUCGCCAUCUCACUCGGCCAACUGAUGGGCGACCCCCUCCCUGUGCUCGUCCUCAACCUGGCCAACGCCUACGCUGUCGGCGGCGGCUGGCUCGGCGGCGCCAUGGCACAGGAGGAGGAACUCUGCUUCCGCUCCACCCUCAGCGUAACACUCACCCCGUCCUUCUACCCGCUCCCGCCCGUCUCGGCCAUCUACUCCCCCGAGGUCACCGUCUUCCGCGCCUCCGUGCGCGCAGGCCACGCCAUCCUCCCGCCCCACGACCACAAGCGCGUGUCGGUGGUCUCCGUGGCCGCGCAGUAUGCGCCGUUGCUGACGCCGACGAAUCCGCCGCGGUAUGCGCUGGACGCGGACCGCAUCCUGAUGCGUGACAAGAUUCGGCUGCUGCUGCGCGUCGCGGCGCACCAGGGCCAUACGAGGAUUGUGCUGGGCGCGCUGGGGUGCGGCGUGUUUCUUAAUCCGAGUGCGCAGGUGGCGGAGAUCUUCAUGGAGGUGUUUUUGGAGCCGGAGUUUACCGGGGGGUGGUGGAGGGAUGUGGUGUUUGCGGUGCUGGAUACGGAGCGUUUGUCGGUUGUGGGGUGGGCAUAUGGGCUAGGCAGAUGGGGCGGGGAGGGGGGCAGAGGUGGCAUGCUGGGGAGAGUGCUUUUCUGGUGA